CCUAGGAGAAAGAGCAGAGAAAAUGAUCGACAGAAACCUUUGUUUCAGUGCACACUUCCCUGUGUGCCUUUUGUCCCCAACUUCAGCCUGGGGAAGGAGAGAGGGGGACUACUCUUCUAACACAUUGUCCUUGCAGGUUCUUUGGAGCCCCCAAAUCCUCCCAAAUGGCGUCUGCUUCUACCGGCUCAGCCCUGACGGUGAGGAGGGCUACCCUGGUGAGCUGAAGGUCUGGGUCACCUACACGCUCAAUGGCAGUGAGCUGGCUAUCAACUAUCGAGCCCAGACCAGCAAGAAGACACCCAUCAGCCUGACAAACCAUGCAUACUUCAACCUGGCAGGGCAGGGCUCACCUGACAUCUAUGACCAUGAGAUUUCUAUUGAAGCGGAUUCCUACUUGCCUGUGGAUGACACCAAGAUACCAACCGGGGAGGUGGCUGCCGUGCAGGGCACUGGCUUUGACCUCCGUCAGCCGGUGCAGUUGGGGAAGCACCUGAAGCAGUUCCACCUGGAUGGCUUCGAUCACAACUUCUGCCUGCCACUGGGGCAGACUCGGCGCCUCGUGGCCAGGGCUCACCACCCGCCCAGCGGCAGGACCAUGGAGGUUCACACCACCCAGCCUGGCCUCCAGUUCUACACUGGAAACAACCUGGAUGGUUCCCUGAAGGGCAAAGGUGCUGCCAUCUACCCCAAGCACUCAGCUUUCUGUCUGGAAACCCAAAACUGGCCCGAUGCUGUGAACAAGCCUCACUUCCCCUGCCCUCUGCUCCUGCCCGGGGAGGAAUACAACCACACCACCUGGCUGUGCUUUGGCACUGCCUGAGGAGAGAGGCCAGUUCCUACUGCAGGAAGGGGGCUUGCGCUUCUUUGAGGGCUUCCUGAUGGCGAACGACUGAAAGGAAAAGAACCUGCAGUUAACAUUUCAGCAGCGAUCUGGGAUUCACAAACAUGGGAAGAAGAUCAGGAGGAUACCUGGACUACUCCAUAACCCUACAGGCACUGUUUUUUGUCUUUUUUUCCUGAAUAAAAUAACCAAUUACUGUUGACAAAAUAAGUAGGCUAAUGAUGAGACAAUACAUUUAUUUUUUACUUUCA